AUGUGUGGUCUCUCUAAGAAGUUAGAUACGGAGAAUAAUACUCUGACACCAGACCAAGAGAGUGAACAUUCAUUUUCCGCCUUACUUGAGUUUGCUGCAGACAACAAUGUGGAAGGCUUUAAGCUACACCUCUCUUCUGUGUCUUGUAUCAACCAGAUUGGUCUCUGGUACAGACGCCAGAGGUUUGCUAGAAGAAUGGUUGUUGAGCAACGAACACCGUUGAUGGUUGCUUCAAUAUACGGAAGUGUAGACGUUGUGAAGCUUAUUGUUUCUCUCCCGGAAGCGGAUUUGAAUCUCUCUUGUGGUUCAGAUAAAAGCACUGCUCUUCACUGCGCUGCCUCUGGUGCUUCUUUGAAUUCAUUGGAUGUUGUGAAGCUUCUUCUGAGCGCAGGAGCAGAUCCUAGUAUCCCUGAUGCUCAUGGGAACCGUCCUGUUGAUGUUCUUGUUGUGUCUCCACACGCUCCGGGUUUUAAAACCAUCCUUGAAGAGAUUUUGAAGAAAGAUGAGACCAUAUCUGAAGACCCAUCAUCUAGCUUGGGGUCAAGUUUCCGUUCUCUGUCUUCAUCUCCAGAUAACGGCUCAUCCUUACUCUCUUUAGAUUCAGUAUCCUCUCCAUCUAAGGCCAACGGUGUGGAUGUAACUUUUGCAUCGGAGAAAAAGGAGUACCCUAUUGAUCUAUCAUUACCCGACAUCAAAAGUGGGAUUUACUCAACAGAUGAGUUCCGUAUGUUCUCGUUUAAGAUCCGUCCAUGUUCUCGAGCUUAUUCCCAUGACUGGACUGAAUGUCCAUUCGCACACCCUGGCGAGAAUGCGAGAAGAAGAGACCCUAGGAAGUUUCACUACACAUGUGUCCCUUGUCCAGAUUUCAAGAAGGGCUCAUGUAAGCAAGGGGAUACAUGUGAAUAUGCUCAUGGAGUGUUUGAAAGCUGGCUACACCCUGCUCAAUACAGGACACGAUUGUGCAAAGAUGGGAUUGGUUGUAACCGAAGGGUUUGCUUCUUUGCUCACCUUAACGAGGAGUUACGUCCCUUGUACGCUUCCACAGGCUCUGGAUUGCCAUCUCCUCGGUCUUCCUCCGCCAUGGACAUGGCGUCAGUUUUGAACAUGUUACCAGGCUCACCAUCUGGUGCCUUCACACCUCCAAUCUCACCUUCUGGAAACGGUGGUUCAUCGAUGUGUUGGCCUCAACAGAACAUACCUGCGUUGCAUCUCCCUGGAAGCAAUGUUCCAUUGAGUCGUCUGAGAUCUUCUCUGAACGCUAGAGAUAUUCCUUCUAGCAUGAUGCAAGAGUUUGACUCAAUGUCUAGUCCACGUUUCAUGAAUCAUUCAGCACGUCCCAAGAAUCUUGACGAGCUUUUCUCAAACGAGGUUUCAUCAUCAUCUCCUCGUUUCUCUGAACAACUUGCUGUCUCGUCUGUUCUAUCACCUUCCCACAAAUCAGCGCUUCUUAACCAGCUGCAGAGUAAUAAUAAUAAGCAGAGCAUGCUUUCUCCUAUUAAGACAAAUCUAAUGUCUUCUUCUCCAAGGAAUGUAGAGCAGCAGCAUUCACCCCGAGCCGCCAUGGAGCCUAUUUCUCCAAUGAACUCGAGGAUGAAACAGCAGCUGCUGCAUUCACGUAGCCUUAGCUCACGUGAUUUUGGAUCAAAUCUGCCACGUGAUGUGAUGCAUAACGAGUCUGGCUCCCCUCUAAGUCCGUGGUCAAGUUGGGACCAGAACCAUGGAAAUAAGGUGGAUUGGUCGGUACAGUCAGAUGAGUUAGGCCGGUUGAGAAAAACUUUUUCUUUGGCUAAUAAUAAUAACUCAAACAGGGAAGCAGAUGCUUCAUGGGUUCAGCAGAUGGUAAACGACACUGCCUCACCUAGGAACAGCAACAUGAAUGGUGGGAGACAAUUGGUUCAAGGGGGUUCGAGUGUGAACCUUCACAGUGACGGUCGUGAAAGCGACAUUCUUGAUACGUGGCUGGAGCAGUUGCAGCUGGAUCGCUAA